AUGGACCGCCAGCUCGCCCCUCCCCUGCGCCUCGAGCCUGUAUCCUCACCUCACGCCAUGACCACCUCCGACGCCCAUACCGCUCUGUCCAACUACCUCGGCUCCCUUCCUUCCUCCUCCACCUCGCGCUCACAACUCGAGCGGCUCGUCGACUCCCUCGGGGUCGAUCUCGGUUUGAUCGAACCUGACGAGAGCAACAAGCGGGAAGAGAAGCGCCGGGAGGCACGGGCGACGCGAAGGGCUGAGCGGCGGAAAGAGCGGGAAAGGGUCGGCUUGGAGGGGAUGGAGAAGGAGGUAGAGGGCCUGGCUGGCGGAGAGGGUGGAGGGGACAAGGAGGAAGUGGACAUGGACGAGGGGGCGGUGGGACUUGAGGGGGAGGAGGGGAUGCAGGAUAGAGGAGAUGUCGAGUAUGGGGACGUGGAGAGUGCGGAUGGAGACGAGCCGGACGAGGAGGAUGAGGGGCAGGAGAAGAUGGAUGUGGAUGCGGACGAGGAAUAG